CUUGGAAUGUCAUUCUCUCUGGGGCAAGGGCAAACCCUAGACACCCUUUUUUCCGAACUGUGCAGCAGGGCAUUGGCCAAAAGAAAAAAACCAUUUAAAAAUUGCUCCUUUCACCUUCAUCUGCAAUAAAUUCUGAACUUGCCCCAGAUAAUCUUUUUCAAUACGGGAAUCGAAAAAGUCCCAUUUUACUAAGCACAAAAGACCCUGUUGCUGCUGUUGGAGAAUGUGGCCUUAAUUAUUGUUUUGCUCUGUAACAGAGCGGGAAGAAGUUAUAUCGAAGCAGCUUUUCCUUCUCAGUUUAUAAAUAGUGAAGGUGGUUGCUCUGUGCACUCUUGCAGGUUGGUCGUUGGUUGGUUGUUCUGGGGCUUCCCUCUGAUUUUCCUUUCCUUUCCUUUCCUUUCUUUUUAUUUUUUUUGGUACUCCCUUCAAUGGCGCUUGUCUUCCUCCGCUCCUUCACUCUGCUCCUGCUGCUUUCUUGCUUCUCCGCUUCUCUGUUUCUCUGCAAUGCCUAUUACCCGUUGAGGCACCGCCACCAGCACCGUCCUCGCUUCGCCAGCCACAACUACAGGGAUGCUCUCACCAAGUCCAUCCUCUUCUUCGAAGGGCAGAGAUCCGGGAGGCUCCCUCGCAGCCAGAGGGUCACUUGGAGGAGAGACUCUGGCCUCUCGGACGGGUCUGCUGCCAAUGUGGAUUUGGUGGGUGGGUACUAUGAUGCAGGGGACAAUGUGAAAUUUGGGUUCCCCAUGGCGUUCACCACCACAAUGCUCUCGUGGAGUGUGAUUGAGUUUGGUGGGUUGAUGAAGGGAGAGUUGGGGAAUGCCAAGGAAGCUAUUCGCUGGGCCUCUGACUAUCUGCUCAAAGCCACUGCUCGUCCGGACACCAUCUACGUCCAGGUGGGUGACGCUAACAAGGACCACAAAUGUUGGGAGAGACCAGAGGACAUGGACACGCCGAGGAGCGUGUACAAGAUAGACAGGAGCAACCCUGGCUCUGAUGUGGCCGGUGAAACUGCCGCUGCUCUUGCCGCUGCCUCGUUGGUCUUCAGGAGGAGUGACCCCGCUUACUCCAGAUUCUUGGUCAGGAGGGCCAUCAGGGUUUUCGAGUUUGCUGAUAAGUACAGAGGAUCUUACAGCAAUGGGCUGAAGGAUGUUGUGUGCCCCUUCUAUUGUUCGUUCUCUGGUUACCAGGAUGAGUUGUUGUGGGCAGCUGCUUGGCUGCAUAAGGCCACAAAGAACCUAGCUUUUCUCAACUACAUUCAAGUGAACGGACAGACCCUUGGAGCAGCUGAGUAUGACAACACCUUUGGUUGGGACAAUAAGCAUGCCGGUGCUAGGAUUCUGCUCUCCAAGGCGUUCUUAGUGCAGAAUGUGCAGACCCUCCAUGACUACAAGGGCCAUGCAGAUAAUUUCAUCUGCUCUGUCAUACCGGGAGCUUCUUCCGCUCAAUACACCCCAGGCGGUCUUCUGUUCAAGAUGAGCGAUGACAACAUGCAGUAUGUGACCUCCACCGCCUUCUUGCUCGUGACAUACGCCAAGUACUUAACCAGGGCGCACGUGUUCGUCAACUGCGGUGGCACCACCUUCACUCCGAGCAGACUCCGCAACAUAGCCAAGAAACAGGUGGACUAUCUACUUGGGGACAACCCCUUGAGAAUGUCCUACAUGGUGGGGUACGGGCCACGGUACCCGCAGAGGAUCCACCACAGGGGUUCGUCCCUCCCUUCGGUCGCCUCCCACCCGGCGAAGAUCCAGUGCUCAUCGGGCUUCGACUUCAUGAACUCAGAGUCCCCCAACCCGAACAUUCAUGUGGGCGCCAUAGUUGGCGGACCGGACCAGCACGACCGGUUCCCAGAUCAACGGUCCGAUUAUGAGCAGUCCGAGCCAUCUACUUACAUGAACGCACCCCUGGUCGGCACGCUGGCUUAUCUAGCCCACUCUUUUGGACAGCUCUAGGCUUGGAGGCCCGGAGCAUUGUUCUUCACUCUUUUUUUGCCCAUCUUGUUGUAUUUUAGUUUGGGAGUCGAGAUUAGUAGUGUGGUCCUGAAAAAGGUGCGACGGCGUUGAAGAGAGACGGCCAAAAAUUAGAAAAGGGUCGAGUCGACCCUCGCGCCUUUGAAACACGUCAGUGGUGAAGGUGUAGAUAUAGAGGUGGAUUUAGAUCUUUCACAUGAGGAAGAUGAUGCUGCGUCGUGUUGUGUUGAGUCCAGGUUUCGUGCCAGGAACGGCGUUCCUAUUGAAAGAAAACAAGGGUCGCGACCGUCUUGGUUAAUGGAAUGAUGUAACUGGCUCUGUUUUUUCAAGAGGGUUUGUUACUCUUUUGUGGUUUUUGGAACUUGCAAUCAUGUCCUCUAGUGCCUCAA